CAAUCAAGAAACCCAUUUCAAUUUGUUUCUAGAAAAGAAAAAGAAACCAAACAUUAGAAAAGAAAAUUCAAAGAGUAGGAAAAGAAUUGGUAACCCAAAACCAACCCCCACUCCCAACUCCAAGUCUUCAUUUUGACUUAAUAAUCAUAAAUCCCAAAAUCAACACACUCAAAUUUCUCAUCUCUAAAUGGCAAAGCUGCAAUUCCAAAGGAUUUCAAUCCUCGUCGUCGCAUUCGCCGCCCUUGCGACGGCGCAAUCCGAGGAAUGCACGAAUGUGGUGGUGAGCAUGUCGCCGUGCCUCAACUACGGCAACUCCUCCGCUGCCCCCUGGGCGGCAUGCUGCACGCAGCUGAACACGGUGGCCCGCUCCCGACCACAGUGCUUAUGUCAAGUAUUUAAUGGCGGAGGAUUGACCGUUGACCAGAGUCAAGCUCAAGCCCUCCCAAAGGCUUGUAGUGUCCAAAUCGAUCCCCAUCUCAACAACUGCAAAGGGGGUGGAUCAUCAUCACCUGGAAAUGGCUCCUCCCAUGCAACUGCAACCUCCUUUGGAUUUAAUCCUUUCUUUUUUAUUUUUGCUACAUAUACUCUAUUUUAAUUAUUACAUACACAUUUUGAGUUUGUCUAUGGUGGGUGGGAGUUGGUGAUGUCCCUAGAUUCAUUGACUUACAAAAAUUCAUCUACAAUGUAUGACCAAGUUUUUCAUUAAUUGUAACUUUAGUUAAUUGA